AUGCCGCCGCGCUGCUGCGCGCAGGCCUUGCCGAGCCGGGUGCUCCGGGAUGCACUGGACGGCGACGCCCAGCGCACGCUCUUCGCGGCCGUCGCGCACUUCGGCACGCCCAGGCGCGCCCGCGUGUACUGCCCGGACGCCGACUGCGGCGCCUUCAUCCAGCAGCCGGGUAGCGCUGACCGCAAGCACCCGCUCGACAUCACAUGCCAGCGGUGCCAGGCGCGCGCGUGCCGCACGUGCAGGGGCACCGCGCACGGCGUCGGCGCGGACUGCCCAGAGGACUGGGAGCUAGAGGCGGUCAAGAAGAUUGCCGGACGGAGCAGCGCGACGCGCUGGAGGCGCUGCCACGGUUGCCGCAGCCUGGUGAGUCUUUCCGCAGCGGCGGCGGCGGGCCAGCGCGGCGCGCGGAUGGUGUGUCGCUGCAAGGAGGAGCUGUGCGCGCUGUGCGGCGGCGUCUGGGACGCGACGACUGGAUGCCCGAACCUGUGCGGCGACGAGGAGGCCGAGCCCGAGCCCGAGCGCCGCCGGGGAUCUAGGCUCCCCAGUCACGCGUCGUCAUCCUCCGACAACAAACACCGCCAGGACGAGACCCCGGCCACCGCCGCGGAUAAGCGACCGCAGCUACGCGACCCCGCGGUGCAAGACCUCGCCGCCCGCCAAGCCCUCGAACUACACCGCUUCUGCACCUUCUCCGCGCGCACCCGCUCCGCCCUCCAAUCUCGGCACGCCUCCGACCGUCUCGCCCUCGUCCAGCGCCACAUGGACUCCGAGGACGCCCUCUCGGCGCGGCACGCCUCCGCCACCGCCGCGCUCGAGGACCGGCAGAUCGCCGCGGAGAUGGAGCUGCGGGCCGCGCUGGAGCAGGCCGCGCGCAGCGUGAACCUGCGGCUGAAGCACAUGGAGGCGUACUGCCGGCCGGCGACGAGCGACUCGCGGGUGGUCACGGAGGGCAACCUGCGGGAGCUCGGGCAGCAGUACGCGCUGCGCGACGGGAUGGAGCGCCAGCACCAGGCCAAGGUCAACGUGAUGCGGGAGAGGCAGGCGCGUCGCAUGGCCGAGCUGCUGGACGCGCAGGAGCAGGAGGCCGAGGCGGCGGCGGCGAGGCAGCGAGGGGAGGCGAAAGAGGGGGAGGAGCGGCGAGGGGAGGGGAGGCGCAAGGCGGAGGAUGAGCUGCGGGCGAGGCAGGUCCGCCUGGACGCGCGGUGGAGGCUUGAGGCGGAGGUGCUCCGGAGGGAGCGCGCGGCGGCUGACGGCGUGGAGUACGCGGAGGUGGUGACGCCGGAGUGGCCGCGGGAGCAGCUGCUGGACGGGGAGCAGGAGACGAUGUGA